GGCGUGGAGAACGUGUACGCUCAGCAUCGGCCUCUACUUCACGACACUCUGGAUCAGCUGAUUAAAGGUCGACUCAAAGACAGUCAGUUCCCGUACCUGGGCGCCAGCAGCCUCAGAGACAGGCCUCAGGACAUCAUGGUGUUUAUUAUCRGUGGGGCCACGUAUGAAGAAGCUCUGACUGUUUACAACCUGAACCGUAACACACCUGGGGUUCGUAUCGUGCUGGGAGGAAGCGCCAUCCACAACACUAAGAGUUUCCUGGAGGAAGUGAUGUCAGCAACAGGUCACAGCAGCCGCAGCGACAGGACGCAGGGAAGCGGUCGCUACAGCAACAGACGAUGAACACGGACACUUCCKCUAAGUUUUCAUCUUUCAUCGAAUAAACUGCAUCAUUCCCUCCAUUGUUUUGUGUCUGUGUGUCUGAAGGAACUGUUCAAUGUUUUCGUGACACUCUCUGGUUUUGUUUAUAUGCAGCAGGUGGUGAGAAUAUAGGGAACACCUCAUAGACGCAAACUUAUAACUUCCUGAGAUAAAAAUGUAUUCUGACAGUAUUAUGGCUUUUAUUAAACAGCCAGGUGAGUAACAGUUUACUAAACUCACUUUCAAACAUUCUGCUCUAGAGUCAUGGCUAGUUUUAUUGGAUAAAAUAAACAAUAUUAUCAAAGUUGCUAAAAAGUGUUUUAGUGAGCUUGAAAAUUAUAGCCUGUCUGCAGAAAGGUCUAUUAAAAUUUCAAAAUGCUCUCAAACAAGGUUUUUAGAUCCUACUGUGUUUAGUUUGAUUCAUCAGUGUUUAUUUUAUUGUAUUUUUUUCUAGUUAAGGUUGUAACAAUUUGUCUCAGUUUCUGUUUAUUUCUUUUAAAGUGUGUGACUAAUUGUGAAUUUGAAAAGCUUAGUAUUGAAAUUAAAUAUAUGCGUAACAUA